AUGGACUCAGCAGCCGAAGUUUGCGGGACCACCAGAGGAGGAAAACACCAGGAAAACGAAACAUGGUGGGGAGAGGUAGUACAACAGAAGAUCAAGGAGAAGGAAGAGGCCUUUAAGAAACGGCAGAAAGGAGAAGAUCUGAAGGAAGUUUACAAAAAGAAGGAGAAAGAAGUUAAGAAAGUGGUGGCAAAGAAGAAGCAUGGGCCGAAUGGUAUGCAAACAUGGACACGGAAGAUGAUAUACAAGGUGGCCAAGCAAAGAGCAAGAACAAGACAAGAUAAAAUGAGAGAACCACUUGAAAGGCUGCCACCAGCGGAAGGCCAGGUACAAGAAAUAUCAUUUGAGGAUGUCAAAGACGCCCUAAAAAAAAUGAAAAGUGGAAAAGCAGCCGGAGUGUCUGGGUUACCAGUGGACCUUCUGAAACACAAGGAAUAG